AUGGAAAAGAAAAAUGCAACACUGAGAACCGAGUUUGUUCUCACAGGACUCAUGUAUCAAACAGAGUGGAAAAUUCCCCUGUUCCUGGUGUUCUUGGUAAUAUACCUUAUAACCAUCGUGGGGAACCUUGGUCUGAUUGCUGUCAUCUGGAAUGACCCUCACUUUCACAUCCCCAUGUACUUUUUUCUUGGCAGUUUAGCCUUUGUGGAUGCUUGGAUAUCAUCCACAGUUACCCCGAAGAUGCUGGUCAACAUUUUAGCCAAGAGUAAGAUGAUAUCUCUCUCCCAAUGCAUGGUACAAUUUUUUUCCUUUGCAGUUAGUGUAACCACAGAAUGUUUUCUCUUGGCAUCAAUGGCAUAUGAUCGCUAUGUAACCAUAUGCAAACCUUUACUCUAUCCGGUAAUUAUGACCAAUAGAGUAUGCAUCAAACUUUUAGUCUCAUCAUUUGUAAGUGGCUUUUUUCAUGCCUUAAUUCAUGAAGGAUUUUUAUUCAGAUUAACCUUCUGUAAUUCCAACGUAAUACAUCACUUUUAUUGUGACAUUAUCCCAUUGUUAAAGAUUUCUUGUACUGAUCCUUCUAUUAAUUUUCUAAUGAUUUUUAUUUUCUCUGGUUCAAUUCAGGUAUUCACAAUUGUGAUUGUUCUCGUCUCUUAUAUGUUUGUUCUAUUUACCGUCUUAAAAAGGAAGUCCAUCAAAGGUAUAAGGAAAGCCUUCUCCACCUGUGGAGCCCAUCUCUUGUCUGUGUCUUUGUACUACGGCCCUCUCCUCUUCAUGUAUGUGCACCCUCGAUCACCACAAGGGGAUGAUCAAGAUAUGAUGGAGUCUCUGUUUUACAUGGUCAUAAUUCCUUUGUUAAAUCCUGUUAUCUACAGCCUGAGAAACAAACAAGUAAUAAGUACACUUACAAAAAUGUUAAAGAGAAAUGUUUAG